ACUUAUAUUGUCUAUGUCCGAAACACACGUCGGUACAGUACACGCGUUACUUCCGACGUACACGUGACAACUUCGGUGACGAGAUCUCGCGAGUGUUUUCGUCUCCGCGAGGAGCUUCGGGGAGAUCGUUAGAACGUGAACUUGAUUCGCCUCGCGCGCCUUCUCCCUCGCGAGGCCAACGAUGACGUACCUCAGCUCGUGGGAGGAAUUCGAGAGGGCCGCCGAGAGGUUAUACCUGCAGGAUCCGAUGAACACUCGGUAUACGAUGAAGUAUUGCCACAGUAAAGGGAUCUUGUGUCUAAAGAUAACGGAUAAUCGGCGGUGCCUGCAGUACAAGACGGAGAUAGCGCAGGACUUGAAGAAGAUGGAGAAGUUCAUAGGCAAUCUCAUGAGGCACAUGGCGUCGAAAGACAGUUAGGUGAGACUUUGUCUGUAGAAAUACGUUCGUCGUGGGGGACUAAAGUGCAUACUACUUUUAUUCAACAAGAUCUCUCUUCUCGCCUCGCACGGUCCAACGACUGCGAUCCACAGAUUAUCAAUUUUAAUUCAGAAUACGAACGCUAUCUUACACGUAAGCGCAUAUAAAAUAAGGCGUUUAUUUUGUAUUAAAGUUUUGCGAUUAUUUCGGGCGGCCCCGUUGCCUCCUCGUUAAAGUUCUGAAACAAUCAAACACAUGGCGUGAAUAACAUUCAAGCGACGCUACUGUGGAAAUAAUGUAGAGAGAACUUUUGUAACAUAUUCGCUCUUUUGAUAUCUAUCCGAAGUAUGUGAUGCGUAAUAUAUUAGAUAUUAAUAAAGCUGGAUAUACAAGUC